AUGGCUCUCUACUGCGGCGACAACUUCGGCGUGUACUCGCAGCCCGGCCUGUCCCCGACUGCCGCCGCCCCGGGCGCCCCCCCGGCCGCCCGGGCGCCCUACGGUCUGGCCGACUAUGCCGCGCCGCCGGCCGGAGCCGCCAACCCCUACCUGUGGCUCAACGGGCCGGCCGUGGGCGGUCCCCCUGCCGCCGCCGCCGCGUACCUGGGCGCCCCGCCGCCGCCGCCGCCGCCGCCCCCCGGGGGCGCGCCCGGGCCCUUCCUGCAGCCGCCGACCGCCGCCGGCACCUUCGCCUGCGCGCAGCGGCCCUUCGCGCAGCCCGCGCCCGCAGCGCCCGCCUCGCCCGCCGGGCCCGCGGCGCCCGGGGAGCUGAGCUGGCUGUCCAUGGCCAGCCGCGAGGACCUGAUGAAGAUGGUGCGGCCGCCCUACUCGUACUCGGCGCUCAUCGCCAUGGCCAUCCAGAGUGCGCCCGAGCGCAAGCUCACGCUCAGCCAUAUCUACCAGUUCGUGGCCGACAGCUUCCCCUUCUACCAGCGCAGCAAGGCCGGCUGGCAGAACUCCAUCCGCCACAACCUGUCGCUGAACGACUGCUUCAAGAAGGUGCCCCGCGACGAGGACGACCCAGGGAAAGGUAAUUACUGGACCCUGGAUCCAAACUGUGAGAAAAUGUUUGACAACGGGAACUUCCGUCGGAAGCGAAAGCGCCGCUCGGAAGCCAGCAGCACCCCUACGGUGGCCGUGGGGACCUCGAAAUCAGAAGAAGGGCUCUCCCCGGGCCCGGGGUCUGGAGUGGGUGGGAAGGCGGAAGGAGACAGCUCCCCGGCGUUGCUGAGGCCCUCUCAGUCCCCAGAGCCUCCCGAGGGCACCAAGAGUACCGCCUCCUCCCCGGGAGGGUCCGUGCUCUCCUCCACCCCUUGCCUGAACAGCUUCUUCAGCAGCCUCAGCACCACACUAAGUGUCAACAGCAGCGGGAGCACCCAGCGAGCGCUCCCCGGCGGCCGCCCCCUAGGGAUCCAGGGGACCCAGGUGCCCUCGGGCGGCGCGUUCCCCCCCAGCUCCGUCCCGGAGGCCUCGCCAGACACCUUGCAGCUGAGUCACAGCACCAGCAAUGGCAGCAGCCAGAGGUCUUCCUACUACAGCCCCUUCCCUGCCAGCACCAGCGGGGGACCAAGCAGCCCCUUCAGCACCCCUUUCUACAACUUCAGCAUGGUCAACAGCCUCAUCUACCCCCGGGAAGGCUCCGAGGUAUAG